AUGGAAGAUUAGCAUAAGAAGGAUAUUUUCGACUAGAUUUCAGUCACUAAGAUUAGGCUUUUAGAAUUUUUUUUGCAAGUUCCUGAAAAUAAAUUACAAAAGUUUUUGAAGUUAGAGCCUGAUCUUUGCUGUGUUCCAUUAAGAAAUCACAAUGGGUAAGCAUUAGGCAUUAAAGCUUUGAAAGGAAUUUCUAAGAGACUGAUUAAAAAAAAUGUCUUUGUAAAAUCCCUUCUGAGAGAUGCAUGGGUGAUUACUAGAUUAAGAGUUUAUUAUUUAUUCAAGUUAGCAAAUAUUCAUAUGGAAAAAGUAGACUUAGAUAAAUAUUAAGAAUGCAUUAAAGAAGCAGAAAAGGAAAUAAUUAAUAGAUUAAACACUCAUGAAGACGAAGAAGCUCACGUGUUCAAUGCUUUACUUAAAAUAGAAGAGCUCAAAUAACACGUGAGAGCUCACGAUCUGGAUAUGUUGAUAUCUGACUAUGAAAGAAUUAAAGAAUAUAUUAAAAAGAUUAAAGAAACUGAUUUUGGCUACUUACUAAAUUUAAGAAUUAAUGCAAGUGUUGGAUACGCUGCAAAGUUGAUUUCCAAUGAUAUUGUUUUACCUUAAAGAUUUCAUCAAGUUGUGCAAAUAUACACAACUCAUUAUGAAGAGAAAAAGCAAGUUGUAUUUGUAGACGGAAAUGAUCAUUUUAUUUAUUAUUUUUCUCAACUUUAACUUUGCAAAUACAUGCAGAGAGUUGAGCAAAUCAGUCAAGCUCUUGAAUUAGCUUAAAGGAUGAAAACUAGUCUAAUGCGCAAGAAACUUAAAAUGAAGGCCAAGCUUAAAGAGCAUUUAUUUUCUGAAUUUACUCAUUUUUUUGAGGCGUGUAUAAGCUUUUUGCAAAACGAUUAAAGUCCAAGGAUUUUUGAUUGUAAGAAGAAUAUGAAAAAGAAAAAAGAAAUGAUCAUAUAAAGCCUAUUCAAUUUUUAUGAUGAUAAGGAGGAACAAUUAUAAGAUAAAGAAGCAGAAAGAUUACAAAAGGAAAAAGAUGAAAUUGAUGAAGCAGAGUUAAAUAAGCUAAAUAUUAAAUACCAGCAAGAUUAUAAGCUUGUUGGUAGUCUCUCUAAAUAUCUAAAUAAUCUUUAAGUGAAAAAAGAAGAUAAAUAGAUGGGUAUUUUUGGGUUUACAAAGUAGAAUCAAAAGCAGCAAUAGCAAAUAUUUGAGGAACUGCAAGAAAAAAUACUUUAGAAAUAAAAUGAUGAACAAUAGCAAGAGAAUUUAAAUUAAUAAAUUGAGGAUUAAAAUCUGAAUCAAUAAAUUGAGGAUAAAAAUUUGAAUCAGAAAUAAAAAACUGUUCCUUCUUAAAAAUCAAUAGUUAAUAUAAUUUCUUGCAGAAAUAUAUAGUAAAUUAACUUAGUAAAAUCAAAAACUAAUCCACCUCAUUAAGAAGAGGUUGAUGACUUUGAAGAAAAGUUAAUAAAAAACGAAAAGAGAAUGCACACUGAGGGAGAUAAAGAGGAAAACAACUUUCAAAGCUUGGAUACUAUUUUUGAUUAUUUUGGAUAAGAGAAAUAAAAUUUUAUGAAAAAUAAAUUGAAAGUUUAGAAAUAAUAUUAAAAAAAUUAGAACUAUUUUAGUAAUGAACCUCUCUAAACAGAGAAGAUGAAAGUUUUCCAUAAUUAAAAGGAAAAGUCUAGCUCUCAAAGGUCUAUUUAAUUAAAUUAGCAGAGGCUAUCUCUAACACUAAAUAGCAAUUAACUAAAAAAUAUAAAUUUUGAUGAACUAAACAAAUAAAAAGUACAAUCAACUAAAAGUAUAAAUAGUAUUAAAAGUGAGCUAUUAAUAUAAGAUUUUGUGAGCUAAGCAAACUAAAGUUUAUAGAAAAAAUAAUAAUCAUCUGAAUCUGAACUUUUUCAACAACCUUCGAGUAGAGCAAUUAAUUUUUAAUCAUCUAAUAAUUUAUUGAAGCAAGAAGGAGUAAUCAGUGAUAGAAAAGGAAGUUAGAAAUAAAUAAUUAUGGAAAUAUCUGAGAGGUUGCAAUCACAGUAAUCUGAUAAUUAAGCAAAUUCUAGAAAUAACUAAAAACUUUUAAAAGAUAACUAGAUAGCUUCAGGUGAAUACCAAACUAACUCUGCUGAAAAUUACAUUAAAGAUGAAUUUCAAAUAUUCCAAAACAAGUUUAGUGUUACUAUCGAAAAAGACACUCCUAAUGGAGUUGAAUCAUAAUUAGAAUAAUUCAAGAAUCACUUUUUUAAAAGCAGUAGCAGCAAUAAUAUAAAAAUAAAUAUUAAUUAGCCCUAACACUCACAGAGCAGCAGUAUUGAAAAGGAAGAAUAAGCAGCACCUCAAAUACAAAUAUAUGAAAAUUAGCAAAAUGAAUAAAAUAAAAAUGAAACUCUUAACAAUAAAAAAAUGACAGUUUAAAUUGUAAAAGAAAAAGACAACUUAGCAGGAAAGCACAAAAAAUCAAAAACUCUCUAGCAAUUUGAUAAAAUAACAUCUUUUUUAGAUUUAUAUCGUAACGAUAUAGCCGCUAAAUAAACUACCACAUAAUCUACAUAAAACAGCAAUAACAGUAUUAAAAUAAUUUAAAAAAUUCACAAAUUUAAUAAUUAAUCACAAAAUUAAAUUGAAGAUUCGUUAAAUAAAAAUCAAACUUAAAAAAAUUAAAAUGAAAUUUUACAAAAUCAAAAUGAAAUAAUGCAAAAUUAAAAUGAAAUUUAUUCCAAUGCUAGAAGGAACCACUCUCUCAGAGAUAGUAAUUCUAGCAGGUUUAACAAUAUUCCAAAAGAAUCAAGCCAAUAGCACAAUAAUUUUAUUACAGAAAGUAGUCUGUAAAACUAAUCUCAAAUAACAACGUAAUAAUCACAAAGAAAUCAAAGUCUCAAAAUUAAAAUAAUUCCUUCAGAAGUUGAGAAAUUUCAUUUAGCUCCCUUUUUCAGUUAAAAAAAUAUGAUGAAGCACUUAAAUCACAGAAAGAAAAUCCCUUCUCAAUAAGCAGAAAGCUUUUAAUCUCCAAACAAAUCUUUGGUUACAUAAACUCAAAUAAAUAGCAGUUCAAAUAUGAACUUUUAGAGCCAAACAAAAGAAACUAAUUAAAGUAAUUUAAAAUACAUUGAAACUCUUAACACCGAGAAAUCUUUUUUAUCAAAUACAAAUAGUAACAAUUAUUUUCAGUAAAUCCCAUCACCACCAAAUAAUAAUAACAUAAAAAUUACAUAUUCUGGAAAUAAAAUAAGAAAACUCUCACUUCUUUCUUCUAAUAAAACUAUCAAUCAGCCAUUCCAAAUUCAAAAUCAAGAUGCUGUGCUUGAAGAAAACAAUAUUGAAAGCGAAGAUGAUCAAGGCAAGUCAAUCCAUAAUAAACUUAAUUCAUAAAACAAAAUAGCAAUUUAAUAAAAACUUAAGACAUAAUAAAAUAGCAAUGAAAAUCCUCCCACAAAUAUCAAUAGUAUAUUUAAUAAAAUAAACAAGAGAAAGAGCCAUCAAUCUACCUUUACAGUCAAUUAAAGUGGUAUGCAAACCUAAUAAAAUAUAGCUCCAAAAACACAAAGAAACUCAAUGUCUGAUUUGUAAGAAUCAUAUCAGCUAAAUAAAGCUUCUCAUAAUGAUAUGCUAGAAAAUGUUGAUACAGACAUACAUUCUUUAUCAAGUCAAACACUUCAAUUAUCUCUAAAAAAUACGGGAAGAUCAACAAAAAAUAAAAAUGAGGAAGAGUAGCAAAAUAAAAUCAAAGAAUAUUUUUAAAAAUAAAACUAAACUUUUGGGAAUGAUGAAAAAUAUGGACUUCUUCAAUUGUACCUAAAUAAAAUGCUUUACGUGAAUCCAUAUGAUUAUUUACCUAAAAAAUCACCAAAAGAAGUUUAUUCAUUUAUGAAAAAUAAAUUUACUAAAACUGAAACAUCUUAAAGUUAAUCCUCCUAAAUGUAUUAAUUAGAUGAUAUUUAAUAAAGUAAUGACUAAAUUAUUGAGAAUGUUUAGUUUUAAGACUAGGCAGCAGCAAAUUUAAAUGCUAUUAAUUAAUAAUUGUAAGUAGGAAAUGAAGAUUUUUAACAGAUAAGAAAGAGUUCUUUUAAUUCUUAAUCUCAUAAUAAAUUUACAGCUAACCAUAAAUCACUAGAUUUUAUAUUUGCUCAGCAAUAAAUGUAAUUAUCUUAAGCUUAGAUGCAUAAACACUCAUAAACUUAAACAUCAAAUUUAUAAUAGUAAAAUGUACCAUCUAUCAAUAUUAAUCUUUUAGCCUAGCAUAGAAAUUCAAUUAGUACUUAACAAAAUUCUAUCACAAACUAGUAGAACAGGUCCUUCCUAAGCUUAUAACGAAACUCUGUUGCAUUAAAUAAGCACCAAAAUGUUGCUAUGACCCAUAGAAACUCAGCAAUAAGUGCAUUUUCAGAACCAAGGGCUAGUUAAUAUUUAAAAGAAGACCUUUCACAGCAAACCCCUUAAAUUAAAAUUAAUUCAAAUGCUAAUAUUCAAGCAUAAGAAAAAAAGAGCAGUGAUCCAAAACAUAAAAGCAAUAACAAUAGCUUGGAUGAAAACGAAUCAGAAAAGCUUAGAAUAACUCUGAUUGAAUAAAUUUAAAUGGCGAAGGAUGAAAUAAAGCAGGAAUAAAGGCAAAGUUACUCAAAAUAAGUUACUUUAUUUACGUUAAAUAGUCUCCAUUCAUAAGAAUCAAUUGGGUCUGGAACUAAAGAAAAUAAAUCGAAAUUUGCACCAUAAAGCACAAAAAUAUCAGCAUUUAAGCCUAAACUAUUUACAAAAAAUAGUUUUGACUCAGAUAAAUCAGAUCAGUCAAAUUCUCCUGUUGGAGAAAAGACUGUAAGAAAUUUUAAUUUAUUGAAGAGAUCAAAAGCAUUUGAAAAGAUAGAUGAUGAAGAAGAAGAAAUAGGAUCAUAGUCGUAGCAUCCAUCUACUUAGAUGCACUCUGCAACAAGUCCAAAUAACGAUUAAGUGAAGUCUAUAAAUAGCAUAGCAUUUAUUUUAGCUAGUAAAAAAAAUUGGUUUAAGGUUUAAAAUAAAGAAUUAACAUUAAGUCAGCGCGUAACAAGGCAAUAGAUUGCAAAUGAUGAGAUUAGCUAAAAGAUUAUGCAACUCAGACUUAAAUUUCCAUCAUUUUGUUUUAGUACUCACAGAAUAGGUAGGUUUUAGAAUUGGAAUGUGCGUUAUGUUGAAUAUUAUCAUGAAAACAAGUGCUUCUAAAUUAAUUUUUUAGGUGCAGAUAAUCUUUUCUAUAAAAUGUUUAUUCCAGCAAAACAGCUUAAAGACUUCAAUCACAGCUAAAAUAAGUUUAUUACUAUAUGGCCAAUAAUACUUGAUUAUCUUUAAGAUUAUAUGGAGUAGAAAAAAAUUAUAUUAAAAUUUAGUGAUGAUACAAAUUAAUAAAAGAAGAUUGAAAUUAAAGAUAGUGGUAUUUCAAAAUACUUUUAAGAAAAUAAAAUUGAUUCUACUGUCACUGAAGUAAUUAAUAAAAUUAUAGCUUAUAAGAAUCGAAAGGAUUAAAUUGAUCAAAAUGAAUCCCUCGAAUCCAUUAAAUCAGAAUCUAGUGACGAAGAAGAAAGUUAAAAAGAUUUAGAUUCUGAUGAAAAAAUUAAUAACAAUAAUAAAAAUAAAAAGAAAAAUCCAUACAGAUUCUUCCUUGGAUUAGCCCGUAAAAAUUCUUACUUCCCAACACCAAGAGAUGCUCUAGCUGCUGCAAAGAUAAAAAAGAUUUUUGAAAUUCUUCUUUUUAGGUACAUGUAUGACUAACUCCGUCCAACUGGUAAAAAGCUCAUUUUGAAAAAGGAUGCCUCAACUUAGAAGUAUAAAACCCUCUCAAAAAAAAUCUAAAAGCUAGAAAAUGAUCUAGAAAAAAAUACUUUUAAUUAGCUGUUUAAAAAAGCACCUACAGGAAAUUCGAUUGAUAAAUUAACUUCAUAAAAAUUUGGAAUGCUUUAACUAAGAUAAAAAGUGCAAAAAGAUUUAAUGAAAAUACCAGAUAAAUAAGAGUAUUAGAUUGAAUAGAUAUGGAAACUGAGAUAUAGAGAGAAUUUGUAUUAACUGUGUUCUUUUAUAUUAAAGACUAAAGAAAAUUGGUUUUAUUUUGUAAGCUUAAACCUUGCCUUUAAGAAAGAUCAUAAUGCUCUUCUUUAGGUGUUCUUAAAGAAAAAUUCUAAUAAAAGUCUUAAAGAUUCAUUUGAAAAAAUAAUCUCAAUUUAAUUACUCCAUAAACCUAAAUAAGAAAAAAAUAUUGAAGAGUAAAUAUAAGAAUAAUAGCUAAAAGAAUAAAAAAUACUGCAGCUAAUUGAACUCUAAUAACAGUAAGAGUCUACUCCUAAUAAAAGAUACUCUAUUUAGAGAAACUAAUCUGCUAAAUUGAGUACUUUUUCUUAAAACAAAUUAUUGACAAAUAUUCCUACUUUACAGAAAGAUCCAGACCCUAAAAAGAGUAUCAGCAGACAGAAAAUAUUUUAAGAAGGCGAUUUUAAGGAGAUUCUAAGAUAUUUUGAUUUAAAUAGCAUUAUAAGAGGUAUUGUAACAACCUAGAAAAUACCAAAAACAUUUAAAAAUAUCGCAAUUAAAAAUAUAAAGAAAAGAAUUGUAAUUACAGAAGAAUAACUCUUUUUAAGACUGGAUAAAAUAGAUAUUAUUAGUAGAAAAAUGUUAAAGCAUCCUCCUAUCAUAGUAUAAUAAGACAUUCCUGAUUCAUCAGAUCCUAGAAUGAGAGAUUUUCUAACUAAAUAAACUCCUUUUAACCCUUUGUUUGAUUAUGCCUAUAAAAAAUCUGAUUUCCGUUAAGAGAAAGGGCAAGGCAAAUAACAUAAUCUUGACUAAAGCAUGGAUCUCUCCUCUGAAGAUAGUGAUGAUUUUCAUGGAUUCCUAAGUGAAAACAAAGUUUAAUACAUCAAAGAAGUGCAAGAAGAUUUUGAGAAAAUAGAGAAAGCUGAAAAAGCUAAUAAUUACUACUUUGAAGAGUUACACUUUAAGUGUUCAUGCAAUAUGAAGCAAAGCAACGACUCUAUUUAUCUAAAAUAUUAAUAUUAGGGUACUGUAUUUUAUCUUAAAGUUACUAUGCAUGGAGAAGAGCACACUGAAAAUGACCAUUUUACAGAAAAUAUACAUGCUCAUCUUGACAUAACAGUUAUAGCUCCUAAGCUAAGAUUUAGAAAAACAUAUUCUACAAGCAAGAGAAAAGCCCUUCUUCUCUUCAACAGCUUUAAAAAGAUUAAAUAUAAAAAUGCAUUUGAUCCUCCAAUUUUCUUAAAGACUAGAAAAAGAAUAGAAUUAGAUUUUCAAACAAACAUCUAAAGAGUUUCAAGAAGAAAAACUAUUGGUGAAAUCAUGCAAAGAAAAGAAGUCAAAAUAUUAAAUUUAUCUGAGCUGCCAUCUUUCGAAAUAUUGAAAUUGGCUUUAUUAAAAAAUUCUUCAUAAAUGGAAAGCUUAAGAUCGUUUAAAAGAUUUUCUAUUGUGGAUUAAAUAGGGUCAUUUGGAAAGGUUGUAGUAACAAUGACAAUAUUCCAUGAUUUUAAAUUCGGUAAAUUAUACUCUCUUGAGUUUCAAGAUUUUACCUCAAAGUCAAGGCUAUAUAGAAUAGCUCUUAACGAUAACGAUUUAGGAGAUUUAUUUGGUAUCAAGUUAUACGAUGAUGACAAUGGAGAUACCAUAAUAAAAAUCAUAAGAAGGAUAUGCUACCAUGUAAGAUUUGAGCAAUAAAAUGUCUAUAGAGUGCCUUUUCUUCAUUUUAGAGAGGAAUAGUACAGGAAGGGACUGUCUUUAAACAAAAGAAACUUAAUAGAUAGAUUGAGAAAGAAUGAGUUUUAUGGAAACUACAGAAGAUUUUACAAUAAAAUAGUUAAAUACACUUUUGAAAAAGAAAAUUUAAAUAAGAAUAAAAAACUUUAUUUAAUUGAUGCCUAAAGGAAACACAGCAGAAUUAUUUUUCAUAAAGUAUUUUUCCAUCAGAAUGAAUAUUUUAUUAUGACGAUUAAAAAAAGCUUGGUCUUACAGCAAUUUUGGAUGAUAUUUAUAUACGUUCCUAAAACAAGUAGAAGAAUCAUGGGAUACAUUCAGAGCAGAGAUAUAGAGCAGAUAUAAUUUUAAAAUCUUAAUAAGGAUAUGGGAUUAUUUGAAAUUUAUGAUAGGGAUUAGCCAUUUAAAAGUUAUUAGGAUUUCAUCACUGAAGUUUGCAAAAAUGAAUUAAAAAAAAGUCCAGUGACAAACCAGGUUAGAAAAAAAACGUUCUUAAGAGAGUUUUAAAAGAAAUUAAGUUAAAAAGUAAAAACCUAAAAUAGCAUUUAGUUAGAUAAAAUUAACGAUGGGAGUGCGCCUUCCAGUCCUGAUAUGAUUCAUAUGGAUAAUUAAUAUGAAGAAGAAGAUUAACUUGAAUUACCCUCAGAAGAUGAACCUGUUAAGUAAAUACCAAACUAAAAGAUUUCUCCAAGAUUAAUCCUUGAAUAAUAAAAAAUAAUCUUACCAUAAAAAAUAAUUUAACGACAUGAAAAGAGAUAUGGUACUCAUAUACAUUUUAAUCCAAUCCAAGAAGAAUAAACUGAUACACAAAUGAAACUUGUCUUAGAAGAAAAAUUCCAUUAAAUUACAGGAUAAAUUAGUAAAGCAUAUAAGCAGUCAUAUGUGCUUUCUUAUAGACUUUCCAAUCUUUCUUAAUUUGUAGAAAUGAAAAUUUGGGAAGAUAUCACUAGUAAAAUGGUUUUAAAGUACAAAGGAUAAAGCUAUGUAAUGCAAAUGGGUAAUAUAUCAGUUCCGAUGCAAGAAUUCAUUAACUCAAACUAGAUUUAAACAGAUUAAGGACCUGAAAUUUUUGUUGAAUAUUUUAUAGGCAAAUAGCAUAAUUAAGGAGAGUACUUAGUGACUUAAAGCUUUGAAGAAAUAUCUUAUCCCUCUUCACUUCAUUACUAUAUAUAUUUGAGAUUUUAUCACUUUAGCUAGGUUGGUAUUAUGCAUAAAAAGGUUAACUUAAGAGAGUUAUUAAAUUUAUUUAUAGCUGACGGAUAUUACAAAUAUUAAACUAAUUACAUGCACUCUAAGCUAUAGUUAUAAGAUUUAGUUUAGCUGUGUGAUUUUGUCAGUUAUAAAUUAAAAACAGGUACGUAUGGAAGUAUUCUGAAUUAGAAUUAAUUUUAAUAUAAAAGAACUGGAUUAGAAAGUUAUUCUCGUAAAACACUAUAAACUCUAGUUAAAGAAUAAGAACAAGAAGAGGGAGAAAAUGGAGUUGUUGAAAAGUUUGUUUUUUAACCAAAACCUUACAGUAUAGUCAAAGUAUACAUAAAAAGAGCUAACAGAAUUGUAGAAUUUGUUAUUUACACUCCAUCUACUUUUUAAACAUUUAAGAAAAAAUACAAUAUAUCAGAAAUUUCUCUAUCAAUUCCAUUUAUUAAUCUUUAUCUUAAAGCAGGUCUUUACCGUCCUUUAGCAAGGAAUAUUUUGAAACUUCUUCAUAAAGAGUUAUCCUUUCAUUUAAAAAACUCUUUAAAAUAAAAACAGAUCUCAAAUAUUUGA